CUCUCAUCCUUCUAGACCUAUCGGCUGCCUUCGAUACUGUGAACCAUCAGAUCCUCCUCUCCACCCUCUCCGAGUUGGGCAUCUCCGGCGCGGCCCACGCUUGGAUUGCGUCCUACCUGACAGGUCGCUCCUACCAGGUGGCGAAUCGCAUCUCUGCAUGUCUGGCAGACAUAUCAGUGUGGAUGACGGAUCACCACCUCAAGCUGAACCUCGGCAAGACGGAGCUGCUCUUCCUCCCGGGGAAGGACUGCCCGUUCCAUGAUCUCGCCAUCACGGUUGACAACUCCAUUGUGUCCUCCUCCCAGAGCGCUAAGAACCUUGGCGUGAUCCUGGACAACACCCUGUCGUUCUCAACUAACAUCAAGGCGGUGGCCCGUUCCUGUAGGUUCAUGCUCUACAACAUCCGCAGAGUACGACCCUGCCUCACACAGGAAGCGGCGCAGGUCCUAAUCCAGGCACUUGUCAUCUCCCGUCUGGAUUACUGCAACUCGCUGUUGGCUGGGCUCCCUGCCUGUGCCAUUAAACCCCUACAACUCAUCCAGAACGCCGCAGCCCGUCUGGUGUUCAACCUUCCCAAGUUCUCUCACGUCACCCCGCUCCUCCGCUCUCUCCACUGGCUUCCAGUUGAAGCUCGCAUCCGCUACAAGACCAUGGUGCUUGCCUACGGAGCUGUGAGGGGAAUGGCACCUCAGUACCUACAGGCUCUGAUCAGGCCCUACACCCAAACAAGGGCACUGCGUUCAUCCACCUCUGGCCUGCUCGCCUCUCUACCACUGAGGAAGUACAGUUCCCGCUCAGCCCAGUCAAAACUGUUCGCUGCUCUGGCACCCCAAUGGUGGAACAAACUCCCUCACGACGCCAGGACAGCGGAGUCAAUCACCACCUUCCGGAGACACCUGAAACCCCACCUCUUUAAGGAAUACCUAGGAUAGGAUAAAGCAAUCCUUCUGACCCCCCCCCCCCCCCUUAAAAGAUUUAGAUGCACUAUUGUAAAGUGGCUGUUCCACUGGAUGUCAUAAGGUGAAUGCACCAAUUUGUAAGUCGCUCUGGAUAAGAGCGUCUGCUAAAUGACUUAAAUGUAAA